CUCAUUCAUUGCAUACCAGUUUCAAGCUUGUUAGCUCUCAUCAAUGCAACAUAAGCGAAAGCUUACCAAAUCAAAAAAAUAGGUAUGAUGUUUUAAAAAGCAAAUUCCUGGUUUUUCUGACGACCAGUAUGGGUGUAAUAGAAUUCAAAUUUUGACAUAAUAUGAGCUAUUAGAAGUCGGUGCUACAAAUAAAGACUUGUAAUUUCGUAGAUAACUUUCGAGAUUUAUAUUCCGCUUCUAAAGCUGCUUUUCUCUUGCUACCAUGAUCUCCCUGUUGGCCCUGUUGGCCUGGUCCUUUCUAGCUUGUUUCUGCGGAAAAAAGCAAUUUUAUUCUUUUGAAGGGCGGGGUACAUACUGAAAAUAUAAAAGUCGUAUUGCUGUUGCUGAGCUGCAAAACCAUUCUGUUUAAUCAAUACCAAACAAAAUUUCAAAUUGAUAGUUUCGCGAGUUAUGAAAAAUGUCUAUUAUCUAUAUAACGAACCAUGACGAGACUAUAUUUAAUAUUACCCAGGGACAGAUGGGAUUACAGAAAAAAGCUUCAAGAUACAAAGCUAAAUUUCGAGAGCAACCCGACAUUCCGUUGCACGUUUAUGCUCGGACUCACAAAGCUCACGCUACAAUGGGUGUAGCUGAAGAAGAACCACCAAAUCCGCAAAAUUAUUUAAGAAAAUCCUCAGGAAAGCCUUCUUAUACUUCAAAAACACCUCAGAAGGAAAAGAAAAUGUGCCGUAAGAUGAUGUUGCCACACAAAAGCGAAACUCCAUUCGCUAGAGAACUAAUUUGUGCCCAUAAAAUCCAUAAAAAAAACGUGCAUUCAACUAAAAACUUUAUCAAAGAUAACGUUACAUUUGUUAGGAAUAUGAAAGCAAAAGAACCAGAACAUAAAGUGGUCGUUGAUAAGGCUGGUACAGUAAUACAACCAGAGGCGGGUGGCUUGGAACCAGUUUAUAUUAAAAAAAGUAUAUUUGGUCAGGCGCCAAAUUAUUUGAAAAAGUUAAGGAAGCUUCAAGAGCUAGAGUAUCGAAUGAAAAAAGAUCACACGGGUAAUAGAUCAAGCUCAACACUCCUAAAUUGUAAAUGUGUUACUGAAGAUGAGAGAGAGCAACUUUUAAGGGGUUUGAAACAGAACUGGGAAGAAUUACAGAAAAUUUACCAACGAUUACCAAUUUUCACAGACACAAUUCCUAAGAAGAACAAGAAAGCUAAGUUGGAAGCGGACUUGAAGCAACUGGAAAAUGAUAUAACUUUGCUAGAGAAACAUCCAUAUGUAUAUGUAUAUGAUGAUACUAUUUAG